CAUUCGACUGGUUUACUUGUGCACUUCUUUAUUUCUCUUCCUCUGCACUCUUCAGUCAGUGCAGUUCUUAAUUAUGGCCUGGUGAUAAAUGUUUGAUGAGGAACAGUAAUCUCCUGUAGUACCCAAGAAUAGCCCUCUAAGUGCUGAUUCAUGUGCAGCAGGCUCCUCCUCAGCUCGUGUGUUUGCAGCAGCAGGAUUAGCAGCAGGUGGCAUCGCCAUCGACAAUUGCUGAGUGAGCCACGGUCAGUCGGUGAGCCACGGUCACAUCCAACAACAAAUGUGAGGCCUUGUUUGAACAUGCGGUGGUCCUGGCCAGGUGUAAUCUGGAUGUGAACCUAAAGUGGCUAAUGUGGUAAAUGGUGAAUAUGGCACGAAUAGCACAACAAAUAUUAUACUUACUUAUUAUCUGGCAGACAUUGAACACAGUAUGUGGGUCAGAUCUGGGCCAAAACUAUUUUAUUAUGUGGAUGUGAGUUUGAAAGGAAAACAAUGGAUUUGAAAAUAUAAGUAAAUGGGUAUACGUACUACUUAUAACAGUAAUAAAAACAUUUAAACCUUUCGCAAUGACAAGUUUGAUUCUUCAGAAUGAGACGAAACAAUACUCACAAGAAAUCUACAUUUAAUCAUUUGAUGAGAGGUGAAUAUAAAUUAUUUGAAAUUGGCGGAUUGUAAUUGAACAUAUCACGUUUGAUUGACAGGCCGUCCUCCACCCGGUCAACAAUAGAAACGGGAGUGGCACAUAGAGAGAAGGCGUGUCCGCGAGCCGCAGCGUCCAAUCAGGAAGCGCGGUGGGAUGGGCCGGGCGGGCUCGUGCUGCAGCGGAGAGGCGGAGCCGCGUUCAGGGGCCGUGCGGACAGAGGAAGCGGAGUCAGAGGAGAGAGACGGCGGGGAUGAGUGCGAGGUAGCGGCGCUGCAGGUACAGUCACAGCCGGAGACGAGAUCCACAGCCGCGGCGACACCGCCUCGGAGCCCCGGAGUCCUCCCCAUCCCCCUUCCAGCAACCGUUUGCGAUGUCCGGUGGGGGAGACGUUCGCGUCCUCCGCCAAGAGGCCGGACAGGAGAGCCCGAGGAUGCCGGCCUGGAAGCGAGAGAUCCUGGAGAGGAGGAAGGCGAAGGGCUCUGGAGCAGCCGGUGCCGCGGAGACGAGCCCCGGCGGCGGCGCGGGCCCGCAGCGGGUCAACGGAGAGGCGACCGGGAGCGUGAACGGCAGCGGCGGUGGAGGAGAUGGAGGCGUUGGAGCCCAGAGAGACGGAGGACCGAGCGGAGGGUCCGGGCGGAAUUACACCAUCACCACCGCCAGCCAACACUUCGUCAACAACAAAGAGACACGACCGGCGGCCGCGGAGACGACGACAUCCAGGGAGGAGAGCCUGGUGCUGCAGGAAAGCCUGGGCCCGCUGGAGGAGAACCCGUUCAUCAAGCUGGAGAAGGAGCGGAGGAGGCGGCAGGACCGGGACAACGCAGCCCGCCCGGUGCAGCACAUCCUGGAGCUGUACGGCAGCGUGCCCGGCAUACGGACCAUCCGCGCCGAGAACAUCAUCAUCAUCGAAUCGGAUCCGGAUUACUUCCCGGAAGCCGGGGCGGUGAAACCCGGGUCCAAGUGGCAGCAGAACGGCGUGAGUAGCUACAGCUCCCUGAACGACCUCCUGGACCAGAGAGGGAGCGCGGUGACCGAGAUAAGAGCCAAGGAGGUGGUGAUCUAUGACACCACGCUGAGCAAGAGUGAGGAGAACCUGAGCACCCUGGGCCGCCCCGACCACGUGACCCCACCGUACGACUCAGGUGAGGGUCCGGGCAGGGUGAGCCGGAUGCUGCAGAAGUUCGACAGCAACUACGGGAAGCUGCAGAAGAAGUCCCACAGCACGGAGAACCUGCUGGAGCUGGACUGCGGUGCCGGCUGCAGGCCGAGACCCUGGCUCAAGCCACAGCCAGAUCUGGUGCCAAAGCCCAGACCGGGCAGCCCGGGCAGCAGCCUCCCGUCCUCGCCCGUCUUCCAGAGCCCCUGCUCUUCCAAACCAAAGCCACAGCCCGCUGCCUUUGAGCCAGGCAGCCCCCAGCGUUCCACAGCCUCCCCACAGUCUGUGUCCUCAUUCCGUCAGCGGUUUGGGGACAGCGGGGGCCCUGGCGUGGCCUCCAGAGAUGAGCCAGACAGGGGGGCAACCAAGCUCACCCGAGAGCGAGACUGGGAGGCCACUGAGGUGUCGCCCAAACCCAAGGUGCCAUGCUCUCCGGAGACCCGUCGUACCCGUGCCGAGUCCCCCUCAAGCCCCAUCUCAUCUAAGGUGACGCGUUCCUCGUCCGACUUUGAGAUCCGUCCCUCCCCAAAGCCGGACCUCAACCAGAUCCCCGAUGGGGACACCCAGGCACGGGCCCUUGCAAACCUGCGCCUGCAGUCCCGCUACACCUUCACAGUGAUCCCCAAACGCCGGCUGGCUGCCAUGCCUGCAACAGGCAGCCAGAUGCCGCCUGGCUCGAUCAAGUCUUCACCGUCUCACAGAGUGGCAGAGGUGCCAGGAGUGCCAACCUCCAUCGCCCCAACACCCAGUCUGACACCAUCAAAGAGGAAGGAGGAGAAGGAGCUGGAAGAGGAGAUGGAGAGGGUAGUCAGGUUAUCCAAGCCUGAACCACCUCCUGCUGUUGCCACAAGUCCUGCACCUCCUCCACCCUCAGAACCUUUAUCUCCAUCACCUGAUCACACCCCAGCUCCCUCCUCUCCUCCUGCCCUGUCCUCACCCCCCUCCUCUGUGGCUGUCCCAUCUUCCCCCCCUUUCUCCCCACCCGCCUCAUCUCCCGUCUCCUCAGACACUCUCGCCCCCCCUGCCCCCUCCCCGGCUCCAGAACAACCUCCCAUGGAUCAGCUGCCAGUCACAAAUAUAGAUGACAUUGAGGUGGAGCCGCCCCAGCGAGUCCCUGUUCCCAGCCCCAUGGUGCAGAGGAGAAAGGGGAACACCUUCACUGUGGUGCCUAAACAUAGGGUGGAUCCCCAGAUGAGCUCACCUGAGCCCCAACAGGAAAGCUCAUCUGAGGCCCCGCCGGGGUCCACACCUCCGCAGGCCCCAUACGCUCAACUGGGGUCCCUGCUGAAGAAGCGUUACCCUGCUGUGGAGGAGAUUGAGGUCAUCGGUGGAUACCAGUCUCUGGCCAAGUCCUGCCUCUCUAAGAUGGGCUCCACGGGCAAGAAGCUCAAGAUCUCAUUCAACGAGUCAAGUCUCCAGAGCACGUACGAGUAUCCAUCAGAGAACAGCGCGUGGGACAGCGGAGACGAGGACGAGGACGAGAAGGGAGACGGCAAGGUAGCAGACGAACAGCCGAGCAUGGUGGGACGCAUCCACAUCCCCCGACCCAGUUUCACCAACUCGCCUACGCACACGAACAACAGCAACGACCUUUCCAGCUACAUUCCCAAGCACUCGGUGGACUUCAGCGCCUGGCAGGAGCACAAGCAUGGCGACGGCGUUUACCAGGAAGACGCCGCUUCCACACAGACGCAGGUGACAGAGGAAGUUAUGCUCACACCGGCCGACAGCUCCUCCCUCUCUGACUACAGCAGCGAGCCCGCUCUGUACUUCUGAUCACACGGACCAAUCAGCUGUUCUGUAGCUUUACAGCAUCACACUGGUGUUGGGACCAACAGCAGCCGGAGACGCAGAGGAAGUCGUGUCACAUCUGGGUCUGACCCGCCUCCAGCUCCACGUCAUCUCUAAGCACAUCGUCCUGAUCAGAAAGGAAACUUCUUUUUUUUUUGUUGCUGAUUUCCUGCCACGGUACCUCCACACGCCACGGUAUCAACUGCGUAUCAGCGCAGGACAGCGUUUCGUCAGGUGGCUGAUGUUUGAGCUCCACCUUCUUUUUGACAAAAACAGCUGGACUGUCUUUCCCCCCCCUCGACCCUGGACAGUUGAUCUGUCGGCCCCCGACUCCGUCCACUGGCUUCACAUCUCUCCACGUCCGCAUCACAUCUUCAAUGCUUGCCACGGGUUUUUUUUUUUCUGGGAGACGUUAAUGGGCAAAGGGAUCAAAACCCCUUAAUUGAACAGGAAGCCACCAGUGCCCAUGUGUAGGUAUCGCCAUGGUGACGGUGAGUUCAGUGUUAGCAUGGAAACAUGUCAUUCUCCAGAAGCGUAGGUCCUGGAGAGCAAGUUCGCUUUCAUAUAGCAGCUCGAUAGCAGACUCGAACAGUAAAGAACAAAAAUAGUUAAGGGUGCCACAAAUGUAGUUUUACUGUCUUUCUUUGUUUUUGUACCUGCAUGUUUUGGUUUCAACCAACACCUCCAUGGGUUCUCUUACUGUAAAGCUUCUCUAUGCCUUUUAGUUUUGUACAUUUUCCAGCCGACUAUGCUGUAUUGGAGCUGCCAGACGUUUGGUAGACGAGUCAAACAGCGAGCAACUUCAACACGCUUCCUCCUUUAGUGACGAGGGAGGAAACAUAUGCACCCGGGGGAGAUUUCUGUCAACCAGUAGCAACUCUGAUCCCCGAUCAAAUGCUUGAAGAAGUGACCUUGGCCAAUAAAUGUCUGUACGUCCGUAACGCUGGUGACAAAACAAAGCAACAUACUGUAGAAUGUUUCUGUAUAUCCUCUCUUUCGAAAUUCUCUGUGUCACGUUUAGAGACUGUAUGUAAACAUGGACGACGUGUCUCCGCCUCCCGCCACGAUCCAGGCACCAAGCCAAAAAAUCCCGGAUACGAACGCCGCCAUUUUGUACCGAAGAGUCUGUCUUCUACACCGGAGGCCCCAAAAUAUUGGCCGUUGCGUUUAAUAAAAACGACAGAAAACAUCUUUGAGAAUAAUAUAUGAAGAGCUUUUCAGUUUGGACAGAGUUUAUGACCUUUACAGUAGCCAGCCACCAGGGGGCGAUGGAGAUGCUUUGGCUUCACUUUAGGGGAUCCGUGAUGUCGUCCAUCUUUAGAUACAGUCUGUGGUCAUGUUUAUGAAAAGCUGUCAGACGUCCUGACACUUUUCUUUUGGCUUCUUGUGUAUUUAUUCCUGCUUCAAGUUGAAGUUUGCAUGUCUGAGACCUGUUCAUGUACAAAAAAACAUUUUUGUAAAGAAAACAUUGCUGGUAUGGAAAAAACCGGACGGGUCCAAACAGGCCCACUGGAUAUUUCUUAUCUUUAUUUUUUUUUUUUCUUCCAGUCGGACCUCAUGUACUUUAACAUUCCACAGAGAAAGACGCCGCUCCAUUGAAGUAAUGAAGGCAAUGAUGAUAACGAUCAUUCAUGAUGUUUGUGAGAGUGAAUGUGUGUGUGUGUGUGUUUGAAAGAAUGUGUGAUGAUUUUUUUAAAUUAAGAUUUUUUUAUAUACAGUACAAGAAUGCUCCAAGUUUCCAGAUGAUUUUUAAAAAAAGAAACUCAUAAUGCCAACUGAUUUACGUGUUGCUGUCACAGCCUCACAUUCAUUCUUCAACCCUACGGCCAGUAUUGUUGUACAGUUUCCACCUUGUUUUCAUAAUUAGGAAGUUUUCUGGAGGACUUUUGCUGUUAGGAGAUGAGAUUCUGUCUUUGUCCGAUGAAUUUAGGAAAUGAUCUGUUUGGAGUCGUGGAUGUUUUAUGUGUCUCUGCACUGUCAUGCUUGUAGCUUUGAUUUGCGCCUCGUGAGAGGGAACGAAGGCGACAGGGAAUGUGCACUAAAAGAACAAGAGCUGAAGAGUUUUGUUCCGAAAACAACAGCCACUAUUUGCGUCUUGUUAUACAACCACUCGAAUCCCAAUGAACGAAUCGGUCUCUGGGACUGAGCUCUUCAAUCGUACGUGAUGAAUGCACUGCCGAUGAUGCCAUGUCCAUUUUUUUAUCCCCUGCCACAGCCUUGCAACGAAAGUCUUAUGAUUGUCGGCCUUUGCCACUGUGACCACAAACAGUCCACUUGGAGGUUUCCACCAUAGACUGUAAAUCAAAAUGGAUGACGAGUCUCAGAAACCAUCUUUGAGAGAAAUGUAUUUGACAUGGUCCAUCUCCCAUCCACUAACCUGGAGGUGGCAGGUGUCAUGACUGCAGCCAGCCACCAGGGGGCGGUCAAGAUGAUUGGGCUUCACUUUCGGGAACCUGUCAUGUCGUCCAUCUUUAUUUACAAUCUAUCAUUUCCACA